AUGGACGCGAUCUCGACCGAUUUGAUGAAGAACAAUGACCCUAAAGAGGAUUGUGUGUUCUACGUGAAUAGCUACAACUCAACCCGAGAGAAGAACGCGGCGAUUGCAUUUGCACAGAUGCGCAAUCGGCAACUCACCGCUAGCGGUGGUCGGGCUACCGCCAACACGCUCUAUGAUGCAUUCGACCUGAAUCUAGCCUUUGGCGACUCUGGGACUUUGAUGAGGGAAGCCACGGCCGGCGGCCCUACUUACCUGCGUAGUUAUUUCAAGGUCACCUCGGGAGCAUAUGCAAGACUCUGUCGCGGUACGGUCUGGUUGAUCGUCAAGAAGGGAUCGCCUAUCUAUCAGGACGCGAUUUGGCUCACUCAUGAAUACCCCCAGCUGAUUCGACCUGGGUCUGGUGUGACGGCUAUAUGGGAGAUCGACCCAGCUGAGAUUGAAGCUGCAUUAGCUCUGAACAAUCCAAAUCGUGACUUACACCCCACCCCUUACAGGGGUGGACUGCCACCCGGAGCCCAGCCACCACGAAGCAUCGAUACGAUCACUUACGACAAAAAGGACACCGCCAGCAUCCAAUCGAAGAUCGACGAGUAUGCACGAUACCCUGAUGUAGCCAAUGGCUAUCUACCGCCGAAGGGAUCUGGAUCUCCCCAAUGUGACAUGGGCGAUAGUAGUCGAGUGCCCUACAACGUUUUCAAUGGCCUCUUCGGCAAGUUUUGCGAAAACACUCUGAAUAAUCCUCUCAGCGGCCUCAGUCAAAUCGUCGACGCUCGUGGAUUCGUCAUCCCGCCAAGGAAACGAAGCCUUUCCAAACGAACGCCUCCGCCCAAUCCCGACACUUACAAGGAUUACAAGUUUGGCCUCAGCUGGUCUGGAGGAAAGGGGAGUUGCUCACUGUCUUGUGAGGAAGCUUUUCACGCUGCCAGCAGUUCACCGUGCGGCCACACUGCCGGUGAACAAAACAUCAUGAGUACUUCAGGAACAGUUGAAGCCGGCUGUGGCCAAUACAAGUGGACGAUCAUCAAGCCUCCUACGAGUGGUCUCGAUCCGGCACCCUCUCCUCCCGCGGUGUCGGCCGUCAAAUGCAACCCGGCCGACCAGUUUGGGAAACAUGGAGACAUCGAUCCCGGCUUCCAGAACCAAUACACCGGCGUUGCUUGUGCGGGAUCGGCGCUCAAAAACAUCAAGCCCGGAGACCCUGAAAUCAGCUUCAAAACUAAAACCAAUGGAACGCCUUAUAAUUAUAAGAUCUCGUGGCUUCCCGCUUGUAAAACCACCGUCUCGGAGAUGAAUGUCUACAAGCCACUUCCGAACGAUGAUAAAAACACCUGUAUAAGCCUUUUCCGCAAAUCUUUCACUGAUUGUAACAAUGGAGGUGUUGGAGGAUCAAUAGACGUUGGGUGUGUUCGAUACGAGUUUCAUCCCUAG